AUGACCAAAGACCACCCCCAAAACCACACCCAAACACACUCCCUCACCUCCCCCGAAACCUUCUGGUCUCACCAAGCCGAUCAACUUCAUUGGCACAAGAAACCCGCCACCGUCCUCCAAAAGACAACCAAACAACUCCCUUCUGGUAUCUCUCACGACCACUGGGCCUGGUUCCCUGACGGCGAGAUCUCCACAUGCUACAACUGCAUCGAUCGUCACGUCCUUGCUGGCAGGGGGGAUGCUCCUGCCAUCUUGUAUGACAGCCCGGUCACGAACAAGAAGGAGACAUACACCUAUGCCAGGUUACUCGACGAGGUGGAGAUCUUUGCGGGUGUGCUGAGAGAGGAGGGGGUGAAGAAGGGGGAUGUGGUGCUUGUUUAUAUGCCCAUGAUACCUGCUGCCCUGAUCGGAAUUCUAGCUAUCAAUCGUCUUGGUGCGAUCCAUGCCGUUGUGUUUGGCGGUUUUGCUUCUGGGGCACUGGCCCAAAGAAUUGAGGCUUCGAAGCCGGUUGCUAUCCUGACUGCUUCUUGCGGGAUAGAGGGGAAUAAGGGGCCGAUUGGGUACCAGGGUUUUGUGGAGGACGCGAUGAAGAUUUCGAACGAGCUGCCAUGGCGACCCAUUGAUAGAGCGAAUGGCCAACGAAAAUGGCAGGCCCUGGUCAAGAGCUGCCGUGCUAGAGGUUGGCGAGCGGCGUGUGUUCCUGUCAAGUCGACAGAUGGCGUCUACAUCAUCUACACCAGUGGCACGACGGGUCUGCCAAAGGGUGUGCUGAGAGAAGCUGGCGGCCAUGCCGUCGGUCUGCACCUGAUGAUCUCGUAUCUCUUUGGUGUCCAUGGUCCUGGUGAUGUGAUGGGAUGCUACAGCGAUAUUGGCUGGGUCGUCUCUCACAGCUAUACUUUAUACGGCCCCCUCUUGACCGGCGCUGCAACCGUCUUAUAUGAGGGCAAGCCAGUCGGCACCCCUGAUGCCUCGGCCUUCUGGCGUCUGGCCGAAGAGUACAAGAUCAACACCAUGUUCACUGCCCCCACCGCCCUCCGCGCAAUCCGCAAAGAAGAUCCGGAUAACAUCCAUUUCUCUCGUGUUGGUGAGCGCGGAGGUCUCAAGAACCUUCGAGCACUAUUCCUGGCCGGCGAAAGAUCAGAACCAUUCAUCAUCACCAUGUAUCAGGACCUGCUAGCCAAACAUGCUGCACCUGGCGCACUGGUGAUCGACAACUGGUGGUCAUCCGAAUCCGGCUCCCCCAUCUCGGGCAUCGCUCUCGUGCCCCAUGCAGGUCAUGACAGAGCCAACCCCACCUCCUCUGCCUCACACCCACCGCUGAAGAUAAAACCUGGUUCGGCAGGCAAAGCUAUGCCUGGAUUUGAUGUCCGCGUCGUGUCUGACUCUGGUGAACCUCUACCACCAAACACCAUGGGCAAUAUUGUCCUAGGCCUCCCACUUGCCCCUACUGCCUUCAGGACUCUGUGGGGAGAUGAGGAAAGGUUCUACAAGGGUUACCUCAAACGCUUCGACGGGAAGUACAUAGACACCGGUGACGCAGGUGUCAUUGAUGAGGAUGGCUACAUCCAUAUCAUGGCACGCUCAGACGACAUCAUCAAUGUGGCUGCUCAUCGGUUGUCCACUGGCCAACUGGAGCAAGCUAUCACCACCCACCCUGACGUCACGGAAGCAUGUGUGGUUGGCAUCCCUGACGCACUGAAGGGGCAGAUGCCGUUUGCUUUCAUCAGCACUUCCCACGGAGCGGCAACUACAAAAGAGAAGAAGGAGAAACUGUUUCAGGAGAUACAGAUCCUGGUCAGGAAGCAAGUGGGUGCUAUUGCGAGUUUGGGGGGGAUGAUUGAGGGUAAGGGGAUGAUUCCCAAGACGAGGUCAGGGAAGACGCUGAGGAGGGUGUUGAAGGAGUUGUUGGAGAAUGCGGUGCAUGGGGAGGUGGACAAGGAGUUGAAUGUUCCCAGUACGGUGGAGGAUAUGGGGGUUGUGGAGGUGGCGAGGGGGAAGGUGAGGGAGUACUUUGCGGAGUUGGAGAGGAAGGGGGAGAGGCAUGCGAGCAUUGAGGGGAGGGAGAAGGCGAAGCUUUAG